GAUAGGCGAUCCGGCAACGUUGCGCUGGCCAUUCUGUGUUUUGUCUCAGAAGUAGCUAGAUGUGCCUGGGUCCAGUGUUGAUGCACUUUUGUUUUGUUAUGUACAAAUGAGUAUGUUUGUUUAGUGUGGAGAACUUUGUAUUGGUGUUUUUGUAAUAUUGUUGUCUUUAAACAUGCCUACUACACCCGAGUGCGAUUACGACUUGGUGUCCAACGAAGGGCUUCUGGCUUUAUUGCGUAACGAGUCGAAAAACAUUGUGAUUUUGGACUGUCGCAGCUCGAAUGAGUACGGGGAAUCGCAUAUCCGCGAGGCGGUGAAUUUCUCGAUUCCCUCGAUUAUGCUGAGACGCUUGGCCGCUGGAAAAAUCGACCUGGCUGCCACAAUUAAGUGCAGGGAAUUGAAACACAAGAUCUGCAACACGUACAAGGAGAAUUUGUUCAUCUUGUACAACGAUUUGAGCGGAGUUCAGCACACCAGUGACUCCGUACUCAGUGUUUUAUUGAGACGGUUAACCCAAGAUGGUUGCCGUGUGGCCUGCCUUGAAGGUGGUUUCCCGGUGUUCCGUUCCUCGUUCCCGGAAUGGUGCGACAGCUGUUCGGAGCUGAUGGACAACAAUCCUGCCGUGGGGGGUCCAGUGGGCGGCGGCGCGGUCCAGGAGCCCCCGCUCCCCCUGAUGGGGCUCCGGUCGUUGCGCAUAUCGGCACCGCCGCACCGCCCCUCCCAUCGCAGCUGCGACAGCCUCUCCUCGACCGCCAACAGCUCCACCGAUAGCUCCGACACGGACGAUAGAUGCGACAGUUCACUGGGUCUGGAAGAUGACAGGGAAUUUCCGGUCGAAAUAAUUCCUUACCUAUUCCUCGGAAAUGCUGCCAACAGCGAAGACAGCCAAGCCCUGGCAAAACACAGUAUACAGGUAAAAUCAAUACAAGACUAA